AACUUUAAUGUGAUUUAACCCUACCAAAAGCAAGUUUGUUCCCAUAUGGCUACUGGUGCUUUUUAAUUUUGUCUAGUAAAUGUUACAUAUUUUCACUUUCCAACAUAUUUUUAUAUCCAAAUUGGUAGAACGUGGGAGAAACCAUGGGAAGAAGGGAAUCCUCAAAUUCAUCAAACAUUAUGUUUUCUGUGUUGUUCUUUCUAUUCAUGGGUGUACAACAAGCUGCAUGUUCUUCUUCAUGUGGAGACAUCAAAGAUAUACGAAUCCCAUUCUGGUUAAAGGUCAAUUCAUCGGACACCGGUCCCUCUGACUUCGAACUUACUUGCGAGAGCAACAAAACCAUCCUACACUACCGUUCUGGAAGAUACUAUGUGAAGAAUAUUUCUUAUGUGCAUAAUAUAAUUAAUGUCGUUGAUGCUGACUUCGCCAAUCGACGCUGUAGUGCCCUUCCAUCCCAAUCUCUUCGAAUCUCUGAAUCUUACGUCGUUUAUUACAGCAGAAAAAAAUUUCAUUUUCAACCAACAUUUUUUUCGUAUUCAAGAGAAGCACGGAAGUUCUACAGAGAAGCCCAGUUUUUGAAGUGCCCAUGGAAUUUCAGUCAUCCCUCGUACAUAAGAGUUCCUUGUUUGAGCGGAAACCAAACUCAUGUUUAUGUCUACUAUGAUGGUAGCUCAAAAACAGCCUAUCAUCACGAUUCAUGCUCGUUCAUUUCAAUUAUUCCUAUGCUUCUUCCUCUUCAGACAAAUCUUUCCUAUCAAACCAUCCAGCAUUUUCUGCAGUUAGGGUUUGAUCUUCAGUGGCGCGAAGUGGAUCAAAUGAGUGCUGGUUACUACCUGUUACUUUUAUGGGAAUACAUGCUUGAAAGCUUACGCGAAGUAAUUGAAUUCUUUGGUACCAUUGAUUCAAAUGAAAGACGAAUUGCUAUCUUUCAUUUUCUUUUUGCAGGCUUUCCGUGGGUUGUUCUUAUCGUCAGAUUUAUCCUUGCUCCGAUGGUUUUACUUGUGUAUAUUUUCAUCAAGUAUAUAAAAACAUGGAAAACGGUGGAUAGCGUAGAAAAAUUUCUUCACAAUCAACAAUCUUGGAUGCCUAAAAGGUAUUCCUAUUGUGAGAUAAUUGCAAUGACAAACGGUUUCAGCUAUGAGUUAGGCCAAGGUGGUUUCGGAUCGGUUUACAGGGGGCAGCUUCAUAAUGGUUGUUUUAUUGCUGUUAAGGUGUUAAAGAAUUCCAAAUUUAGUGCAGAAGAAUUCAUCAAUGAAGUCUCCACAAUCGGUAGAAUUCAUCAUGUCAAUAUUGUGAAAUUAUUGGGAUUUUGUUCAGAAGGACCAAAUCGUGCUCUUGUGUACGAGUAUAUGCCUAAUGGAUCUCUUGAUAAACACAUUUUCUCAAAGGGAGGUAAAGAAAAGUCAUUUACUUGGAAGAAACUUCAUGAAAUAGCUAUAGGAACAGCUCGGGGGAUUGAAUAUCUACAUGGAGGAUGUGAUGUUUGUAUUCUUCAUUUCGAUAUUAAGCCUCAUAAUAUCUUGCUUGACCACAAUUUCAUUCCAAAAGUUUCUGAUUUUGGCCUUGCAAAAUUUCAUCCAAAGGAAAAUGAUUUUGUGUCCAUUAGUGUUACAAGAGGAACAAUAGGAUAUAUAGCUCCUGAGUUAAUUUCAAGAAAUUUUGGGGUUAUUUCUUGUAAGUCAGAUGUUUAUAGUUUUGGAAUGUUAUUGUUAGAAAUGGUUGGAGGGAGAAGGAAUUCUUUUUCAAUGGAAACUCGUUCAAGCAAAGCAUACUUCCCAUCUUGGGUAUAUGACCAACUAAAGAAGGGAGGAGAUUUAGAGCUCGAAGAUGUGGUUGAAAGUGCAAUUGGGAUUGCAAGAAAAUUGUGCAUAAUUGGGUUGUGGUGCAUACAAGUGAAUGCAGCAAAUCGUCCAUCAAUUACCAAAGUGAGAGAAAUGUUAGAAGGAAGCAUUGAUGAUCUACAGAUGCCUCCUAAACCUUUCUUUUCUUCUUCUCAACAUGGCUCUGUAAAGGAUGAGAUUUUAAUUGAAUUAGAUUCAGCAAGUUCAUCGGAGCUAUUGUUGUUAGAAUCAAUGGAAGGAAGCUUGUAUAUUGAUGGCAAUGUUUAGUUUAAUUUCUAAAUGGAAAGUGUAAAUUUGAAAUAAACAUGCACUCACUAGUGGUUUUUAUAUUAAUUUGUUUAAUAUUUGAAAAUUUGUUUUAUGGUGCAACUAAAAUAUCAAUAAAAUCCUUGAUGUUGUCAUUGUUA